AUGACGAACUCCACUUCGUUCACGCUCACAGUCAGUGACUUUCCUUACAAAGUCCUCGAUCCCAUCGCCACCCUCAGCGUUGCCCCGACCUACGCGACGAUCAAGCGAGCCCAACGCCAGCUCAGCACCAAUGCCGCCUCCAUCUUCUCGCUCAAUGGAGGCGGAGCCCAUGGCCAUUUAGCCCUCACUGUCACCCCCGAAGCCUAUUUGGAGAUCACCGAUGUCCCGUUCAUUGUUCCCGUCGCGCCCCCUGCUGAUCCGCUUCCUGGCGAAACCCUACCGCAAAUAACGCAGAACAACCUUCUCCACCAGCGCGCGAAGGAAAUCUACGGCACGUAUGUCUCCGUCAACAAUGCGCUCCGCCGGCAGCUUCUUGACGCUGUUAGCCUCAACAUAAUUCCUUUGCCUUUUGUUUCAAUGGCCUACAAUUUGACUAGCUCAAGGUCAUAAUGUUUAGUUUGAAAUUGCCGACGCA